GGCGGGUAAACGCCAGGGCGUCUUUAAAUGUGUACUAACAGUGAAAUGAUGGCGCAUUUGUAUGAAUCGUUUCUAAUAUCGAAUAACAGAUGGUGCCAGGAAUGUUAACGAAGUUGUGGUCUGUGUUGAUGAAGUAGGUAUCGCAACAAGAUAGCUGGAGGUCAGGGAAAGUUAUUGCGCAAGUGGAGGACAUAAAUAAAGACAGGAAUAAAAACAGACCAUGGGGAUUCAAGGGUUGCUGCAGUUUGUUAAGGAAGCCUCAGAGCCAAUUCAUAUCAAGAAGUACAAAGGACAAACUGUUGCAUUGGAUAUGUACUGCUGGCUGCACAAAGGAGCUUUUGCGUGUGCUGAUAAAUUAGCACAAGGAGAACAGACUGAUCAAUAUGUUAAUUAUUGUAUGAAAUUUGUUGAAAUGUUGGACUCAUUUGGAGUCAAGCCAGUCUUAGUUUUUGAUGGAUGCACUUUACCUUCUAAAAAAGAAGUUGAAAAGGCUCGAAGAUUACGUAGGCAAGCAAACUUGCAGAAAGGAAAGCAGUACCUUCGAGAAGGAAAAACAAAAGAAGCUAGAGAGUGUUUUGCUCGUUCUGUCAACAUAACAUCUGCCAUGGCUCAUGAAGUCAUAAAAGCAACAAGAAUGCGGGGAAUGGAUUGUAUUGUAGCACCAUAUGAGGCAGAUGCUCAAUUGGCUUACUUAAACAAGAUUGGCAUUGCACAAGCAGUUAUUACGGAAGAUUCAGAUCUCUUGGCAUUUGGAUGUAAAAAGGUUGUAUUGAAAGUGGACAAGAAUGGGAAUGGCAUAGAAAUUGACAGAGCUCAGUUUGGCAGAUGUAAACAGCUCGGCAAUGUUUUCACCGAAGAGAAGUUCAGAUAUAUGUGUAUUUUGUCAGGGUGUGAUUAUUUGGCAUCCAUUCAUGGAAUUGGCUUAGCUAAAGCAUGCAAGCUUCUUCGGAUUGCAAACAAUCCUGAUAUCAUUACGGUUAUUAGGAAAAUGGGGCAGUAUCUGAAGACAACUUUAACUGUUACAGAAGAAUAUAUAGAUGGAUUCAUUCGGGCAAAUAAUACAUUUCUAUAUCAAUUGGUCUUCGAUCCAUUGAAACGGAAACUUGUUCCUUUAAAUGCUUACUCAGACAAUGUUGAUCCAGAAACACUUGACUAUGCUGGGCUACAUUUUGGUGAUGAGAAGGCUCUUCAUAUAGCUCUCGGAAAUAUAGAUAUCAGUACUUUGGAAACCAGAGAUGAUUACAACCCAUGUAGUUUCCAGACUCCAGCAAAAAUUACUCUUGGACAGAAUGACAAAGAGGUGUUGAAGCAGAAACUGCCACACAUGCUUAGUAUUUGGAGUAAAGAGUACAGGCCUCCUGAAAAUCAACUUUCGGUCCCAAAGGCACAAAUAUCACCAGAAAAACCUUGCACAAGGGGUAAAGAGAAAGUUAUCAACAUCAAAAGAUUAAAGCUUCCCAGUAGAGAGAUGAUGGCUAAAAGACCAAGAGAAGAUGAAGGUCUUUCGGAUGGAGCCUUGCUAAGUCAGUACUCCUUUCCAAGUAGCAAAAAACAAGUUGUUGAAAAGUGCCCAUCACCACAAUCUCCUUUAGAAGAGGAACAACACUCAUUAGUGAGCCACUCGAUCAAGGAUGAAAAUCCAACGCCUCAUCAUAAGAUGCGGAAUCGGUUUGCUACCAUUUUGCAAAAGAGAAAUCAAGAUUCAGGUGCUAUUGUUAUUCCUGGAACCAGAAGCCGGUUCUUCUGUAGUCCCAAAGAAACUUGCAUUUCAUCUGAUCAAAAAACUGAAACUAAAGCAUUAUCUGACGGGACAGAAAGAUGCAAGAAUUUGAACUCAAUUAGUUGUUUUAAUAGCGAGGAAAAUGACAUCUUUACAAAUAUAAAGAAAAACGAAUGUGAACUUUUGAACACCAGUCCUAAAGCCAAUACGGCUCACUCAGAUUUGAAUUUAGUGGCCAGAAAAAAUAUAAGUGCUUUCAGUUGGUCUGGAGAUCUGGGAGAAAAACCAAGGAAGCCCAAUCCUGCUGCUGGUUUAUCUGUAUUGCAACAAUUUUGCAGAAAGGUGGAAUCUUCACCUGUAAGUGGAUAUAUUGACAGAAAAGUACAAAGUAAUCAGAGUGCAACUGAGAACAAGCCAAGCCUUCUCGAACUAUGUGAGCAAUCCAUAGAUGAUGACUCUGACAUGAUGGCGUCCCCACAAUCUCCUCUUGGUGUUAGUUCUUCUCUGGACAGUUCAUACAGUGGUUUUGAUUCCUUGAGCUCUUCUCAAAUGUCCCGGAAUUCUGACUUGGAUGAAACCAGUAACAAAGCAACAUCGUGUGAUCAGGUUUGCAGCCCUGUCACUCUGCCAGAAUUACCUGAAAAAGUGACGGUAACUGUAAAGCACAGGGUUCCUGGGUUGCAAAAGCUGAGCCCUGGAUCUUUAAGAAUGGCCAGUAAACUGAAGCUUCCAGGACCAGCCAAAGCCAGUGGUUUAAACAAAAGGUCACUGUCACUACAGAAAAGGACAUUUGCCUCAAAUAAUGAGAACACGCCUGAAUUGCAAGCAACCAUCCAGGAUUUAUGGCAGAAAUUUGGAUUUAAGGGGGAGCCCAGGAAGCUUCAAUCCAGUCAAAAAUCUCACCCAAUGUCUCCUGUAAAGGACAACUUGCAAAUAUUGACCCCAGAGACUGAUCAAAGUAUUUUAUUGAAAUCAGAAUGUUCUGUUCAAAGGGCUAUACAGUGGUGAGGAAAUCCAUCAAGAUAUUUAAACAAGUUUCAAUUUAACUAGGAAUAUUUAACCAUAAAGAUUUUUUUUUACUUUCCCAGGAUAAAAGUAUAAAGUUGGUGUAGAUCACAAGGUGCCACACAUCUGCCACUGGUAGAAAAUGUGCUGGAAAUGUGUAAUAGCAGUUAUUAAUAUUAAAUCUUUUACAAUGUAUUUUAAUGACUGAAAACUUGCAUGUUAUUGUUUUGAACACAGCCUUGUGAAAGGGGGAAACUGGAUGAGGAACAGGUAAAUCUGUCCAACAGCCUCAAGUUACCCCUGUUGAGCCUCACAUUCCCUCCCCACUGAGAGACCCCUUGACUUGCCUGGUGCUGGACUCCAGGUCUACUCCAGGUGGCUUUGUUGCCACUACAUAGCUGCUGGCCAGUCUACCCAAGUGAAGGGUAUUGAAAGGCAGCCAUCCUCUGCCUGAGGAAACGCAGGCACCCAUUAAAUUCCGUAUUUGAACACAUAACCUGGAUCAGCAUUUUUAUGUGGAACAUUAAACCACGAUCUGUCUACUUUCUUGGGUUAACAUAAAACACUGUACAGCACUAUUUUGAGGAGAUGCAGCCUGGUAUUGUGACCAAUAUUAUGUCCUCAAUCAAUAUCAUCUAAAUGCAAUUACCUAAUCAUUAUCAUUGCUGUUUUUGGAAUCUUGUUGUGCACUAACUGACUACCACUUUAUUUGCAUUACAACUCUAACUUUUAAAAAAAACGCAUAUGGAAAAGGUUUUCAUACAUCAUAAGGUUGAAAAAUCCAGUACAUAAAUGCAAGUCUUUCUACAAUAAGAGCAAGGCAGCUAAGCAGCCCAGUUGAGGAUGUAUUUCCAAGAUGCCACUGGAGGCAAAAUAUUUCCAGUAAUACACACAGUCUGUCACAGACAAUGGUAACUGCUGCUAAGUUGCCAAUAUUUGGAGUGAGGGAUUGUCCAUACUAUCUGUGGAGUUUACACAGUCAUUCCCACUGCUGCUAGUGCUCCAAAUUUUUCCCUUGGAUGUGAAUAGACUGCCAUUGCUCAGAAUCUAGUCUGAUCACAUUGUAUCAGUUGGAAAAGCCCUAUAAAAUGUCACAGUUGUUAUUUUACUCCAGUUAAAGUGAACAUGAUCAUGUGAAAUAGAUCUUUAAAUAUUUUACAGAAGAGAAAUGGAUUCAUGCGCAGGACAGCAGUUUUUAUCAGAAAUUGACUUUCUUGUAUUUUCAUACAAGGAGUCAGUUUUUUAUCUACAGUAGUUCAUUGACUUGGUAAAAUAUUCUGAAAAUAAAAUCCUGAAACACAUUGUGUUUGAUUUUAUUACAAACGCACAUACACUGUUCAAUGUCUAUUCUGUUGUGUUCCUUGGCCUCAUACAAGGUGUUCAAAGAGAUUUCAAAAACUAAAUACUGAAUAAUCAUGAUUUUCA